CGAGCGUGCACGGGUGAGCUAACGAACGCGCGCUGUUGCCGCACAAGAGCAAACGAAGCGCGAAAAGUUUUCAAAAAUCCGAUUUUUUUUUCACUGCGCCUACUCGGUGGUUUUCGAAAACAAAUCGAGUGAAAAAUUUUGUAAUUUCUCUACGCGUUAUGUGAAUUUUCAGUAGCGGCAGCGAACCGCUAUUGCUCGUGCUGUUAUGAAAUCUGCUGCGAUCUAUGUAUAUGUAUGUGUGUGUGCCGAAUACCAAAAACAAAUUGUAAAAGUUUUCUUAAGGCAUAUCCAAAAUUCUGUUUUUCGAAACCUAAAAGGCAGCGCGCCAACAUACAAACGCUGCUUCUGUGUGACAUUUAGGGAAACAGUGCGCGUGCCCAAUGUCUCUUGGGCCACCACCGUCCACCACGGCGAAUAACCGUUGACGCUGUGCUCAGCGCUCGCCGAUCGGUGCUACUUUGUUGAACAUUUAGUGGGGAUCACUCAGUAUUUUCAUAGACCUACAGUCGAACAGAAUGAGUCGACGAUUUUCGACAACCGAAACGAGUAGCAAAAAGAAGAAGAACAAGCAGCACAUUCAGCAAUAACUGCAAAAGCAGCAACAACAAACGAAUUAGCGGAAAUUUUGAAAUACGCAAUACGAAUUUCAAUUGAUUGAGCAAACUUUUUCAUACGCAACGAACAACUUUUCUUUAAACUGAACAAAUAUACAUAACUGUAUAGAUACAUUUUUUGUUUUUGUCUUUCCUGGUUACGCGACCUUAGUCACCACAAAAAGCGCUGAAAAUCACCGCAAAGCAAAAACUAAAACAAAAACAAUAACAAAAAGUAACGAGAACGUGCGCGGUUAACCUAAUUAUCAUAGUAGUGGUAGAGUACGGAGACAUUUGUAAGCACAAGGCAUAUACUUGAGUCACGGACCGCCUAGAACUAAGUAGACAAUCAAAAGUGAUCGAUGAGCGAUCGUGUUGAGUAAGGGACAACAAGUGCAAUAAAAACUAUCUAAUUGAAUUGGAGAUAACAUGCCAAAUUAUCGCCAGAAAAAUAAGAGAAAUAAGAAUAAGAAUCGACAGAAAAAUCAACAACAGCAACAGCAGCAACAACAACAACAAAAUAAAAACAAAAACCAAAACCUGCAAGAACCAGAAAUUCAACAAACCGAUCAAAACCGGCAGCCCACCAAUAAUCAAGACAAUCAAAGUCAGGGUCAAAGCAGACGUGAGCAAUCUAAUCAACACCAACAACAACAACCCACAACAUCGCCGCAAUCACCAAAAUCCCCCACACCAACUGCCACCCAAACCACACCGGCUGCUUCGGAAGACGAGCCGCGAACAGCUACUUCACCACAGCAGCAGCCGCCAAGCUCAGAAGAUGCGCGGGAAGUGGACUCUGACGCCCCUGCUGCUGCGCUCAAUCAGUGUCACAAUUUAAAUUCGAACGAACCCACAACCAGUCACCAAACGUUCACAACUGCAGUUGAACGUGAAGAGUGCAAUCGUGUGGAAGAUGCAGACGCACAACUUUCACAAUUAGAUAAUAAGGUAGCGACACACAGUGACAUAGUGCGCAUUGAGGAGAUAGUGGGUGCCGAGUGCGACAGUGCAGUGCAGGAAUCCACGAUGGGCAAUAAAGACUCGAAAUCAUACAUCACAAGCGAUGAUGACGCUGCAACAACAACGACAGCAGCGACGACCGCAACAGUGACAGCUUCGACUGAUUUGUGCGGCAUAAGUAGACCAGAUCGCACCAUAGCCGGUGCCAGAGAGUUGGACGAGCUGCACACGGCAGCGCCGAAAACGCAAAUGGCAAAGGUGAUUGUGCAUAGAAUAGUGCGCGAGACGACAAGUGAGGGGGGCGAGAAUGAGCCGCGCAUUGGAGACAUUGACAAGGUCGAACAAGUGGCGAGUGUUGGUGAGCAAUUGACAAGUGGGAAGACGGGUGAGCUUAAAGUGGAAGUGAUGGAUGAGCAGAAAACACAAGUGACGGCGACUGAUGGACAAAUUGAAGGGUUUGCACAGCAAAAGCAAGUGCAAAGUGCAGCAAAGGAGGUCGAGACAAUGAGUGAGACACAACAACCUAAAGUGAUUGUGCACAAGAUCGAGCAGAAGCCGGAAGAAGUGCAGAAAGCAAAUCACAAGAGUGAUGAGCCGAAAGUUAUAGUGCACGCAAUACAGCAUGAAGAAGACGAUCUAACGGUUAAACAGCAAACAGAAGCAUUUGCUACACAAAUAACUAGCCAGAUGCCUCAAUCGAAUGCCGCUGCAAAGGUGAUCGUGCAUAAGAUCGCGCAGACAUCGAACAAUAAUGCAGGUGCUAGCCAAAUACAGCGUGAUGAAGCCGAUAAUUCAAGAGCAACUCCAGCCGAUGCGAUUUGCGUUAGCCCCAAAGGUAGGCCGGAACAAAUUGAUGACUCAAAAGUCAUUAUACAUCACAUACAACUCGAAUCUACAUCACCCAUAAACUAUCGCGUUGACUCGCCUGACACUGACAGCCCCACAUCGCAGUUGUACCGCAGCAAACAGGCACAGUUACUCAAUAAAAGUAUUGUGCAAAUACAAGAGCUAAGCGACGAAAGCUCCAGCGAAUAUAAUGACAAUCCGCCUGUGAUAAGCGAAGCCGAGUCUGAGACCGAGUCUACGGCUGGCGCUUGCGCUUUAGACUAUGCUCAAGCUGUGCGCACACUCUCUCCUGACAGCGAGGUCAGCUACGAGGUUUCGCACAAACCACCAGCCAUUCCAAGUCAGGAGCAACAAGACCUAAAACAGCGGCGCGCACAAAAGCGCGUGGCGCUCGAAACACAUUUCCUGCCACAAUUACUGAGUCCACGUUAUCUGGAUAGCAUUAUGGAAGAGAACAGUGACAUGAGCGAUGCGCGCAGCGAUUGUUCCGAGAACCCACUGAUGACAACACACUCCGGCGACGAUUUGCAUGAUGCAACCGCGUCGAAAGUGCGUAAAGCCAAUGAAGUAUUCCCGCGCAGCAAUUUGGAUUUUACGCGACGACAUGCGAAAAAACAGCUUGGCGCUCUGCCAAAGAAACCAUUACCCAUACGCGAAGAGCCUGUUGCCAUGGUGGUUGCGGCCAAAUUGAUCGAUAACGCAAUAACGCCCGCACAGGAAUGUUGUACGCGCUUGUCCAGCGAGCACACGCCCGAAUCGGAAGCAGCUGAAGUGAUAUAUUUGAGUAGUUCGGCAUCGAGUAGCCUGUCCGAUUUGAUGGAGCUCGACGCGGAGGGUGACGGCGAUGAUGAGUGCGGCAACAGCAGUCGCUCCACAAUCGAUCUCGACACAGACGCAAGGGAAAUCAUAACACGACCGGGCAGCGAGGAGUGUGCGGCGACAGCAAGUGAUAGUCGCGAGAGUACACCUGUUAAUCAAGCAUCAACAAGACUGUCAGAAAAUAAUGAAACGCAAAAAAUUCACACAAAUAACAAUAACAAUGCGAGUGGUUGGGUAGAACAAACAACGCCAGCGGCAGCCGCUGUUAAUGGCACAAAUAUUGACACAGCCAAGAUCACUAAUCCCAUUGAGCACAGAAUAUUUGAGAAUUUGAAAAGUUUGCAAUUGCUGGCGGAGCCAAGUGGAGAGCGCACACUCUCCAACGGCAGUGGCGAAACAAAAACAAGCACAACAACAACAAACAUAAGUAAGCGCACAAUAACCACACAUAGCGAGUCGGAAACGGAGACGGAGACGAGUUCAGAGACAACAACGGAGAGGUGUGAAUAUUUGCGCAGCUCGAGCAGCAGCGGCAACGGCAGCGGCAGCAGCAGUCUCACUAGCAGUAUUGAUGCUAAGUAUCCGCCAGCCAUAAUUGCGACUAGUGAUAGUUUAAACGUUGACCCAGCAGUGCUGCUUGAAAAUAUUGAAUUGGAAAUGAAUAGCGUGCGCGAUAUAUUAAACUCGCAUACGAUCGAGACAACGGCGACAACGUGCGGGAAUCAGCAUGUCUCCGAUACGCGUACUUCGUGUGAAUUGAAAAAUAUUGAUAAAUUUAAUAGUGCUAAGAAUGUUUCGCCCUCACCACCACCCAUACCACCACCACCCACCAAUGCUAGUGCUAGUGAUUUUCAUAGUGAUUUUACAGGUUUUCAAACACAGUCGGCACCACAACCACCACCACCAAUACCCGCGCGCGCCCCACAAGACAACACAUUCAACUCUGCAUCGACAUUUACAACAGAACAGAAGAGUCCACAAACGCAAACAACAAAUACACUCUCCCCCAACACCCAUAACGCUUUGACCACACUAUCCUUGCUGUCGCGUCAAGAGUCCGCCGAGUCCCAUUGCUCCGACAGCACACAACACAGUCAGUGCACAGCCAUCAAUGUUGGCUCGCGCCCCUCCACCGAUCAUGAGUUAACGCCACCACUGACUGCAAUCUCACCCAUUUCAGAUGCGCAACAGCAACGUCAGCACACCGAAUGGAAAUAUGGGGAAAAUAGUGAAAGCGACGUCAACACACGCGGUCAGCAAAACGAUUUAGAAUUACCGAGCGCCGAACAAAAGGAUGCCGCAAUUAAAAAGUUACGUCUCUUAUGUACCGAAACAUUGGCUUCCAUGCCAUAUGGCGAGCAGGUACUGGUAGAGUUGGCCACAGUAGCACAGAAUAUAGGUGAAUUGCAAGCGAAGGCGCCAACACAAACGCCAGCGGAGAAGAGUUCUGCGCUGCCACAAGGAACAACACACGCAACGAACAUGCCAUACCCGUUACCCCAAUUACCGCACAUAAGCGAAUUGCAAUUGUCGAUCGCUGCUGACGAUCGUACGCCCACAACACUCAGUGAACCGAAGCGCGCACAGGCGUCACACAGCGCCACCUCCUCACAUACGACUACUACCCACAAUGUGGCGAUCACACAGCGCAGCGAUCCAGUAGGCGCAUCGCGUGAUCUCACCGCCGCCUCUGCAAAAUUAUUGCAUUCGCCACCACCACCACCAGUGCCCGUGCCACCUGCGCGCUACAGUGAUGCGCCUUGGCUGGGCGUGCCAACAGCAGCCGAUCCCAAUGUGCUGGUAUGUCUAUCGCCCGCGCAACAACAGCAAUUGACAACCGGCACGCAAUCCUCACAACAGGCUGGCGCCCAACAAACGCCACAACCCGAUCAACUUUUGGAUGCGCAUCAAAAGUUUCUGGAGCGACGUGGCUACCACGAAUACACCGACGAACAGGUGAAAUCGCUCAAUGCUGAAUUGCAGCAGGAGGAGCAACAGAUAUUGAAGACGGCGGCGUACAUGAAGAAAUUACGUAAAAGCCUGACACCACCACCGCCGCCCGUGCCGCCACCACCAGUGCCAGCGAAGAAUGCCGAAACGGCAGCGAAGGCACAAAAUCAAGCCAGAAUAGCCGCGUCGUCUUCGCAUGUGAGCAGCGACCACAGCCAACGCGUUUAUGACGUAAUACAAGAUAGAAAUGCUAAUGAGCAAAUAGCAGCCACUUUUGCGAAUGGAGAACAGCAGCGCCAGCAGAUACAAGCGAACCAGUCAGAACAAAAGCGCUUGCUAACGCUAACACAGAAAGCUGACGCGUCAGCUGAUGCUGUUGCUGUUUCGGUAGAUGGCUCAUCCUCAACAACAUCUUCGGCACACCAACAGACAUCAUCACUUGAAAAUAACUCAAGGCAAACGAGUGCCGCUGACGGUGCUGCCGCUACAGCUGCUGCACAGGGUGGCGCGCCAGCAUUCGCAGGAAAACAGCCAACAGCCAGCGCCGAUACACGCCAGUAUUCAAACGCAAACGCGUCCGCAUCAACCAGCAUUAGUAGAGUGUCCGACUUGUACGCUGCUAAUAAUUACACAAAGAACAGUUUCCCAACAACAGCAACAACAUCAACGUCCUCAGCCAAUAUGCAGGGUGUCGAGAGUGAAUUGGCCAAAAUGUUCCCAACCAUGGGCUCCAGCGAUAUUUUCGACAGCAACCGUAAACGAUUCUCCAACAUUGAAUCCUCCACUACAUCGAAGGAUGGCGCUUAUUGCGCUCAACUGCAGAGCACGCUACCCAAACGGUACUCCAAUAUCGAGACGCACUCCUACGAGGCGAAAAAACGCAUGGAAAAUGGUCAGGUGGUCUAUGACUAUAGUGAUUCACGCCACGAGCGUCAGUCGGAUGGCGACAAGUCCUUGGAGAGUGCAUCCACGACCUCUUUGUUGCAAUUCCCCGUUAGAGAGCCAUCCAAAGAAUAUCUGCAGUACCCGGUGGCUGGCGAUGGCGUGUCAAGUAGAAGCGGAAAUAGUGAAAUUAUGUCAGCAAUAAAAUUAAACACAACAGAAAAUGCAAAAACAACUACGCAAGAAACUAACGUAGAAACAAAAGAGCAAACCAACGGCAUAAACAUGACAAAUUUCGUACACCCUGCCGCCACUUCAAACGCCACCGCUACUUCUACCACAGCUACGACACAGCACAACCCCACCGAUCGCACGUUCGGCACAACGGCUACAACGGAGACCACAAUAAAAGAAGAACAUAUUAAAAAUAGUCAAGAGUUUGGUAGUAGCACGGCACGGCCACAAGCCUCAAGUGGCGGUGGCGAUAGCGGCAAUGCUUAUGAAGAAUUUAGGCAACGUGCCAAAGCUGCGGCGGAUGGCGGCGCGCUCGGUGCUUUCGGUGGUCAGACGCCAGCCACCGCGCCACCGCUUGGCCAAGGCAAUAGUAAGCAUUCCGCUUUCAAUUUUCAACAUGACAAACUGUUCAAGGACUUUGAUGCGUUGUCGCAACAAUUACAUAUGGAACUCGAAGAGGGUAAGGCGCAACGGCAGCAACGCGAGAAGUCUGCAUCACUUUUCGAUCUCAAUCGUUCGCAGUGGAAUUUCAAGGACCAUUUCGAUGAGCUGAAGCAACAACGGCAUCAGCACAUGCAAGAGUUAGAGCGUGAAAUCGAGCGUUCGAUGCGUUCGCGUCAAUUGAAGGGGUGGGCUAAUGGCGGUGCACAGAACACCACGAGUGCACCAACUGCUGGUCGUACUUAUGAAAUACCAAUACAAAUUGAACAAAAUAACGGUGCUUACGACAGCGCACAUUCAAAUGGUUUUGCGCGCAAAAGUGAUAGAAGUUCAGCGCCCAGAGAACUAACACAACCGCGCGCGUACAAUAUACCCAUUGUAAUGGAAAAUGGUGACGCGCCAGUGCCACCACCACCACCGGCAGACUAUGAUACGGUGGAUGAUGCGUCACGUUUCAGACGUGCCGAGUCAAUGUUUAAUCUCUCCGAAAACACGAGACGCGCACAACCCCAAACACCACAAACGUAUGCCACCUACGAACGUCCUAAAUCAGCUGCUGCAGAUGAUUGGGCGCGUUAUGCAAGUGACUUUGGCUCUUCGGAAAAUAUCACACGUCCUUUCGCACGUGAAGUAGAGAUCUGCUAUCAACGUCAGCGACCACGCACCAUACGCGCGCCACGCCUUAGCGCCUCCACCAACGAUCUCUCGUCAUACACGCACAGCUAUGACAAUUAUAACGCUUACAAUGCACGUCGCUCGCAUGCGCCUAUGUUGCAACCAGUGGCACAACAACAACGACCACAUCACGGCAGUUGCUACUCAGUGCUCGAACGUGACCCCAAUCCCACUUAUAUUAGCACAACAACGCGACGCGGUGUAUCGCCAGCACCUGUUUCACCUGCGCCACAAGCUACGGCACAGGAACCGCUCUACAGCCCACAUGCGCCUGAGCGGCAGCGUCGCGCCUCACUACCACGUGAGAUACAAGAGCAGCAACUGAAAUAUAUUAGUAGCAAAGAGGAAGAGCUACGCAUGGAAUUCGAGCGUUUGCAAAACGAGCGACGCCGUCUGAUGGAGGAACUAAAUACGCCACCAGCUGCAACGCUGCAAAUGCCGCAACAUCCAAUGCGUGACAUAUACCGACCAAUGCCAAAGCUGCCCACACUCACGGAAGAUGAAGUGUUCCGCCAGCAAAUGGCUGAAGAGUGGCUGAGCAAAGUGGCGGAACGCGAAGAGCGUCGCCUACAGAAAAUCAUCAAAAUCUCCAAGGUCAAUGAAACACAGCAGGGACAACAACCGCCUGUGCCGCCACAACCCAAAACUGAUAUUAGCGAUGAGUUCCUCAAGCGCGUCCAGGAGCGACGCACGAAACUGGCUAUGCCAGCUGACAGCGAUUGGGAGAGUGGCGCCGAGUCACAACCGGCUAGAGCAGGACACGCGAGCGAGAGUGAUGCCGAAGUGCCGCCUGUGAAAGUGAUCGAGGGCAAAUCGGAGGCGGAUUUGCGUCAAUUACCGCGUCACCUACGCGAAUUCGCGCGCUUCUCAAAUCACAAUGAAGAGAAAAUCGAUGGUGGGCAUCGGGUGGUGCAUCAGGAGGAGGAGCGUCGCCAAGAGGCGAAUGGUAAUUCUAUGAGUAGUGCGUUAAAGAAAUCGUCUGUGGUGAAAACUGUGAAAAUUGCAAGACCGGAAAUCGUAACAAACACUAGCCAACAUGUGGCGCCACCGCCAGUAAGUGUGCAACAACACCAACAACCGCGUCAACAACCACAACAAGGGCAUAGCCGUCCAGUAAGCGGCGGUGAAACGGUCGUCACGCGUCGGAGCCACAUUUCCACUGCCUCGUCUAGCACGCGCAGCAGCUACGAAACACACACCAAACUGCAGCAGAGCAGCAUUUCGAGCACAGGUGGAGCUGCUGGUGGUGCUAUGGGUGGUGCUAACCACCAACAGCAGCCGCACUCACACCUAAAGCACCACAACCACCAGCAGCAACAUCAGCAUCACCACCAUCACCAGCACAGUCACAGCCACAAAGCGAGCAGCAGCAGCAGCCGACCACCGGCGCCACAUGUGCGCACCUGCAAGAAGACGCGCUUCCUGCUGGAGCCGAAUCGCCGCAGUUGGUCCGAAAGCGAUCUGCUCAAGGAGAUCGACAGCGAACUGAAGCUGGCGAAGGGCUUCCUCUAUGCAAAUGAGCCAGCAUCGAAAGGCAGCAUGUUCGCACCGAAAUUCAAAGCGACCGCACCAAGUGGCUCAGGCAUCUGGACACCCGGCACGCAAACACCCAACACAUCAUUCACCAAUUUGAACGACAUACAUCCGAAGGUCAGCACACCCACACCACCGCCACCACCACUUCCAGCACAAGGCAGCGGGCAAACCGUUUGGACGCCACAGCCAUCGCCGACCAGCGGUCGUAAAGAAUUUCGUCCUGUGCGUUUCGAAUCGCCAACACUGCCACGUCGUUACGUCGUUACGCCGCAAUCGAACGACGGUACAGCUCAAAUAUCGCCACCGUGGCGUCAAAGCGCCACAACCACUGACGGUGAUAGCUCCUAUGCAGCGCCCUCACCACGCUCCGCCUACAGUUAUACGAAUCUCAGUACGCCUACAACUACGAUCGGCUCGGCUGGCAGCACGAACUACUGCGACUCCAUACCGUCUGAGUCCUCAUUGCUGAAUCACGUGGGCACCGGACCCAGUCACAGUGUGGCGGAUAAAAUCAAAACGUUCGAAAGAUCAGCCUCCACAUCGGCAUUAUACUCGCCGGCGGCGCGACGCCGACACGACACCGCUCAGCCAUUUUACAAACCCAAUGAAGUCAUUUUUAAAGUUAAACAUGAGUACAUGAGCGAACCGGAAACGGAGCACGAUCGUCCAAGAAAAAUGGCACAAUUGGGUCGACGGCAGGUCGACGGCAUCGGACCGGUUACCAACGAUGGAAUGCCCAUCAUAUUGAGAUCGGAGGUGAAGGAGCCACAUCAGCAUGAAUGGUAUAAACGACUCUAUCAAACGAUACACAAGCAGAAGAGCGGCGAUGAUUACGUGAUUCGCUACAAAUGUCAAAGAGCUCGUCCACAAUUGAAAGCGACUGGCUAUCAAUCAGAGCCCGAGCCCAAUUACGAUUCCGACUACUCCACAGUAAAGUAUCGAACAUUAGAUCGCCGACGUUUGCAAUCGGUCUCAUCGGCCACGAACGUUGCGAAUCGCCACACAAAUACAUACCAGGACGAUAAAUUAUAUGGUACUAUGCCAAAUCCGAUUAAAUCGGAACAAAACCAGUACAAAAAUCAACCUGGACGCAUUGAAGACUACGUAACAGGACGUUCAUCGGUCUCAGAGAAGGAACGCAAAGAGUGGUGGGACGAAGUGAUGGACAUCUUUAAUGGGUGGUUAAGGGAGCAUCGUGUAAUUCCGCGUAUACUCGUCGAAUUCGCCGAUGAUGUAAACCACUUGGAACAAACAAAGCUCUCGCCACACUAUACUGAAGGAAAUCUUUCCAGAGCCCUAGCCAAAGAGUCUGGUUACGCGAGUGAUUCAAAUUUGGUAUUCCGCAAGCGUGACGUGCCACAAGCCAGCCCACUUAGCCCGGUCGAACAAAAGCAAGCUUAUAAGAGCGUGCAAGCGGGUGGCGAACCGCCUUUAUUUGGGUUUAGGAAACCAGCACCGGAAAGACCAAAAGAAAUCUUCGACUAUACACAAAUCUCGCCAACAUUGACGAGAAUUCGCGUGAUCUCCACAGCACCAGCGUGCGAUAAUACUGCCAGCAACCAAUUGAAAUCUAGCCAAGUCACACACCAACAAGCGACUCCACCACAAUUGACGCACCUUAAAGUUCACCACCAAGCGAAAAUGUUCACGCCAUCAUUCAUACCGCUCGGCGGUAAGCGUGCAGCCAGUACGGGCGGUGCUUCACCACCGCAACCGCCGAAUCGUAAAUCGUCGUGUCAAAAAGCGACUGUAAAGACGUCCCCAGCGCGUCCACCGAAGUCGACACCGGUCAUACCGAAACGUCAUGAACAAUGUUUUCAAAGUCCCGAAGAAACUGUAUUGGGCGCCAACAAGUAUGCAACAAUUACUCUGCGCAAACACGGGCGCGUUAAUGGCGCCAUUUGUCGCUCAAAAUCUGCCGGCGCAGUUUCAACGCUGUUGGCGGCUACGAAAACUAGCACUGAAACGCCAGCAGCACCGAGAGCGCUCAGCAUUUGUCGCGAUGUUACAAACGGUCCGGAUGGCGUAAAGCUUAAACGUGUACAACAACAUAUGCGCUUUCGUUCGAUUAGUCCCACACGUUCGCAAAGUCGCGUGACGACGUUACGGCAAUCGAGUCGUAGUCCGGUUGCUUUCGGACGUUCGAUAUCGAAAGAGCGUACAUUUGCCGAAGAAAAGAAGCGUUUGGAGAAUACUCUGCCUACUGCGUUGACAAAUUUUGAAGCCAGUACUAAUAUUUUACGCGAUCCUUCACUCAAAUCACCGCAAGAGGUGAAACAAGCUGUGCGCUCAUAUGCCACAUGUGUGGCGCAUCUGCGUAGUAAGUCACUGCCACGCCUUAGAGAAGAAGUAAAGAAGACGGAGAACUCUAGUGUUAGCACCACGGUACGUCAUUCAAUGUGUUUUCCACAGGCCAAAAUAUUUGAUUGUGCCAAAGCAAUGCGUAAAUCAUUGACACGUUCAAAGAGUCCACGCCCGAAAACAAUCUCUACGGUCAGUCUAGCACGCACCGACUCCACCUUCUCCAUAGAGUCCACAACACCUAAGAACGUGAGUAGAACUAAUUUAGUGGUUACGAAACGUGUUGCGCCGCCCAAAUCUAAGCCUGAAAGCAAACCCGUUAAAACAAAAUCUGUAACACAACAAAAUGGUAAACGAGUUCCGGCUUCGGCAAAAGGAAACACAAUACCCAAGGCGGUGAAAACGCGUAGCUCAUUAAAGACGCAAACUUCGCCUACACCUACCACUUAUAAGCGCGCGGAAGACUCGCAUACCAUACCACGUAGCGGCUAUCAAUCAAUAACGCUACAUCAAUCACGUAGUCUCAGUCCAAAGCGUUACUAUCACCUGGAAGAGUAUAACGCCAGAUUAGACGAUUACGAUGUAGUGGAUCGUAGUUAUAUAGAUGAUUUGCUUUGGCAAUACGAACGCAGUACUGCCAAACGCUACCCAGCACAGACUUUGCCAGUUGAGUCAACUGCAAGAGAUAUCGCACGUCCUGAAUCCCCCACACCGAGUUUGAAACAUAGAAAGUUUUCCCCUACUCGUGAAGUACGUGUACCACAAGAGCUCAGAAGUUUGCAAGUUUCGUACAGCAAAACUGAGUCACCGAGAGGGGACCCAGAUGUGGCUCAAACUGUCAAACGCACCAGUAGAUUUUCUCCAACACGGGAAGUGCGUAUGCCAAACUUGCCUCCGAGCUUGCAACCCAUAAUUCCACGUUCGAAAUCUGCACGAACAGUGCGUGAUAUCGCACGACCGGAGUCACCGGCUAUUGCAGAUAAUACACGACGAUUCUCACCCACACGCGAGGUACGUGUGCCGCAGCCCCCACAAAGUUUACCACCUCCAUUGCCGCCAGUUUCUUCGGCACACGCAGUACGCGUACAAUCUCCUUCGAGAGACGCGAGCUCCACUUCGCGAAAGUUUUCGCCCACACGAGAGAUUCGCGUACCUCAACAACAAAAUACACGCAGCGUACGUUCGCCCUCGAGACGUCGCAUAGACACUUAUCGUGCCAGCACAACAAAAUCUACAGACAAAUACGAUGGUGGUAAAGUGCUGAGAGCCAGCAGUUUGAGUAGCGCCGAUGAUCGCACUAAACGGGGUCUCUAUCUAUGUGGUGAGUUGGCGCAUAGCGCUACUUCGCUCGAACAUUAUGAGCGGCACAGUCCCACAUGUCGCUAUCGUAAUAAUUCCGAACGUUUUACGGAGUUGAAUCGAUUCUACAGCACUCUAGAGCGGGUCGGUCAACUAGAGCGUGCUACUUCGUUAUCUUCGUUUAAGCCGAUACGCCGAGAAGGCGAGCCUUUAGAUUUUGAUGAGUGGCGUAAGAUAAGACAUCAUGAACGAGCUGAGAAGGAGCUAAACUAUUUGGUAGGUAAGCUUAAGCACGAACAACGUACAAAGGAUUUUGUGUUUCGCCCAAAAGACGUGGAGGAUGUGAAGUGGCGUCAAGAUACCGACUUUGGCUUGCACUCAAAAGAUAAAUCCGUGGAGGACUUACGAUAUUCUUUCGAACAAAAGAAUAUUUUCGCAGAUUAUGAACAAAAAAUGCUUCAAGAGUUUGAUGGAUCACGUGAUAUUGUGCGACCUUACUGGCGUCGAAACACUGUAGCAGAUUUGGCUUCCAGCUUGGAAGGCAAAAUCCAGCCAUAUAGUGCAGUCGAUCACAUGACAGCAACAGUAGAGCCUGAAGAGCUCGCAAAAUGUCAGUUAAGCAGUCGUCUCGUAAGCACGCUCUCUAAAGAUCAGAUAUUGAAGAUUACGCAGCAAUUAAACGAAAUAUAUUCGAACAACACGCUUGCCUCUUCGGAAGAUUAUGUGAUCACUGUGGAUGAGGAUGCUAAGAGACGGGCUGCCCUACCGGGUGCACUCAAAGUGCGCUGUAACUCUACAUUGACGAAAGAAGAACUUUUGAAACCAACGAUUAGCAAAAAAUUGGCGAAGGAAACUACAAUUAGCAAAGAGUAUAACAAUUGUAAGCCCACAAACGAAUCUACUUCGAAAGAACUCACCGUUAAAAGCGCACGUAGCAGCUCGCCAGUAUAUCUGGCACGCGAAACACGUGGUGCCGUUGCCGCAAAAAACGCUGAAGUUUUUAUGCCCAAACCACCGCCAAUACCAGAGCAACCCCAAUCUGUAAAACUCGAUAGGAAAACCACGGAACAUCGCGGACAUACAAAGGUGGCAACUGAAGAAACCAGACCAUUUAGGAGCCAUGUGCACUAUGAACAACCCGAGAAGGAUAUUGAAAGCGAGCAACAUAAGCAAGGUGAACCUUCGCCGAGUGGAAAGGAACCGAAAGAAAAAAUCACACAGAAGAUACAAUAUUUUGAAGAGCGUCAAUAUGAUGAACCACCAAAGACAAUUUAUCAUGCACGCGAAGACUCCUCCCCGGACGAAGCCGAAGUAAUGAAAGUAAUUGAGGAAAAUAUGAAAUCGCGCGCACGCAAAGGAACUCCAACACCAGCACUGCAUCAUCAUAAGGAGCUUAGUCACUCUUUAACCGAUCUAAAGGAGAUUUUUGGCGAACGCCACACGGCACGUGUAAAUUUUCACAUGCAUUCACCCCCCGAGCGGCCGCCCGACGUCGGCAGCGUCUCUCAGCCCAUGAGUCCAGUGCGUGAUUGUAUGGACGUGACAGAAGACGCUUGGUAUGAUUUAGGCGAGUUGACGCCAAACAGUAGCGCCGAGCAGUUGGAUGUACACUAUCGCUCGCGUAGCAUUUCGCCCGUCUCACAGGCCUCAUCCUCUUAUCUAUGUCGCGUGCAUACUGGCGAUGUACGUAAAAUGAAGGAGCGCUUCGAAAGUUUUGGUGCACACGAUGAUAGUCGGUGUCAUUUUUUUGGGGUUAGUACGCUGAGAAAGGUGCGCAGCGAUCCUGAAUUGAAGCAAUUCAAUGCAGUUUCAAAAGACGCCUUAAAGAUGGAGACCACAAAUGAGGAAUACGGUGAUGUACAAGCGCUGGCGCACAAAUUUGAACAACGCAGCCAAAGCAUGCGCGUACGCAACGGAAGUGGACGUGGACGUACAACAUACCGACGCGUAAUCUCGCCGAUAGGUGUGAGAGAUCGACUUAUGCCGCAUAUCGAUAUAAUAAGUAAAACAGCGGCUCUAAAGGAGAACAAGCAUGCGACUGCACAGCAGCGUCUAGUAAAAGCGGCACCCGAACGUAGCUUUGUCGUUGAGAAAAUACGCAGUCAAUACGAAUGUAGCUUAUCACCGCCAAUAGACGUGUUCAAAUCGCGCUCAAGUCCAGACAUACCACAAGCAGCAGCUAUUUCACCGCAUCUCUCGGCAGACUGGACUGCACACAAGUAUCCAAGUCCCACACAAAAUGCAUUUAGAGGAAAUGGAAGUGCAAAACCGUUAAAUAGAGAACGCACUUCGGUACGUAUAGCGAAAAUUUUACGAAGGCUGCCGCCACGGUCGAGUUCGGCUUCGCCGCCGAGACCACCGAAAGCCCAGCAACAUACUCGUGACACUUCGCUACGGAGAAUGCAUCGUAGCGAUAUUUUUGCAAACCAACAAUUCGAUCCGAAGAAGCAUCAGCCGAAAGCACGCUAUGUGCCAGACGGCGCCGAGGCAAGUGAACGGAAGCGUGCCUCUUCGCAUCCACGUUGCGGCGGCAGUUGUGAGAUACUCAAGAGUGCGAUGGCGGUAUCAUUUCAAGAAUCUCCAAAUCGUUAUCUUGAAUCGGAUGUAAAUAUCCAUUUCAAGACACCAAUACGUCAUGAAUACAAACAGGCCAUGUCGGAUGAGGAUUUAGCACAACGGCAAGCCGAACAAAUGCAAAAGCUUUAUCAGGAGGAACGGCGUCGCAAGUACUUACAGGAGUUGCAGGAUAUGAAUGCACGCCGUCACACCGAUAACUUUACACCUACACAGAAGUCACCAAUACCGUUAAAUCGCUAUGAUGACUUCCAAUCGGACUUGGCGCCCAAAUCGCCGAAUGCGAUAACAACACGAACGGCAGCGCGUGCGCUAUACAACUUCCAAGGACAAAAUGCAAGAGAGCUCACAUUCAAGAAGGGCGACAUCAUUUACAUACGCCGCCAGAUUGAUCGCAAUUGGUACGAAGGCGAAUUUAAUGCCAUGAUUGGUCUGCUGCCCGUGAGCUAUGUGGAGGUCGUCAACAAAGAAACUGCUCGUCAACAACCAAAGAAACCAUCAGAGGGACAGGCGCGUGCCAAAUAUAACUUCCAAGCGCAAUCCGGCAUCGAAUUGUCGCUGAACAAAGGCGAACUGGUCACACUCACACGACGUGUGGAUGACAAUUGGUUUGAGGGCAAAAUAGCCAAUCGAAAGGGCAUCUUCCCAGUGUCAUAUGUUGAGGUACUCACUGAUAUUGGCGCCGAAGAUAUUGCCGCUCGCACCGUUAUCACCGAACAGGCGAGCGUCACGAAUUUACGCCCCUCACUCGACACACUACGCACAAAUAUUAAUAACGAGUUCAAUUUAAUAACCAAAAAUGGCCAUCAGCCACCAAAUGGCAUACUCAAGGAAACCAAACAUCACAACAACAAAAUUGAUGCACUGCACGUGGACACGCAUUCAGAGCCUCUAGUUUAUCGCGCACUCUACAAGUACCGGCCGCAGAACUCCGACGAGAUGGAGCUGCUGGAGGGCGACAUCGUCCACGUGCUGGAGAUAUGCGACGACGGUUGGUUCGUGGGCACGUCGCAGCGUACGGGCUGCUUCGGCACCUUCCCCGGCAAUUAUGUGGAACGGGUACGCUGAGCGCCUCCGUGAAUGGGUGGCGCCAGUAGAACUGGUCAAUGCGUUCUAUUAAACACACUCACACACAAUCACAAACAAAGAGAAAGAAAAACAAAAAAGAGAUGAACACUUUAGUUGAAUGAACAAAUUUAAUGAAAAGCAAUCAAAGAAAUUAAAUAUUAAUGAAAGAAAAACAAAAACAAAUAC